AUGCAGGUCUUCUCUAGAGCUCGCCCUGCCGGAAGGGCCCUCCUCGGCCAGGCCAGGAGAUACACCACCCAGAGCCCCUACGCCGCGACGGUCGACAACCUCCGCAUCAAUUCCAAUACCAAGGUCCUUUAUCAGGGCUUCACCGGAAAGCAGGGAACCUUCCACGCGCAACAAGCUAUUGAUUAUGGAACCCAGGUAGUCGGUGGAACAAAUCCCAGGAAGGCCGGAGAGACGCAUCUCGGUCUCCCCGUCUUCGGUACCGUUUCCGACGCUGUCAAGGAGACCGGCGCGACCGCCUCCUGUAUCUUCGUCCCUCCUCCUCUUGCCGCCGCUUCUAUCGAGGAGGCCAUUGAAGCCGAGAUUCCUCUCGUCGUCGCCAUUACCGAGGGUAUCCCCCAGCAUGACAUGGUCCGCAUCACCUCCAUCCUAAAAUCCCAAUCCAAGACCCGUCUCGUCGGCCCCAACUGCCCCGGUAUAAUCGCCCCCGGCCAAUGCAAGAUCGGCAUCAUGCCCGGCAACAUCCACAAGCGCGGCCGCAUAGGCAUCGUCUCCCGCUCCGGAACCCUCACAUACGAAGCCGUCAACCAGACCACCCAAGCCGGCCUCGGCCAAUCCCUCGUCGUCGGCAUCGGCGGCGAUCCCUUCUCCGGAACCAACUUCAUCGACUGUCUCCACGUCUUCCUCAAGGACGAGGAGACCGACGGCAUCAUCAUGAUUGGAGAGAUUGGUGGCUCUGCCGAGGAGGAUGCCGCUGAGUUCCUCAAGACUUAUAACACGACUAAUGGCGGAAAGCCCGUUGUUAGCUUUAUCGCUGGUAUUUCGGCGCCUCCUGGUCGUCGUAUGGGUCACGCCGGUGCUAUCGUUUCGGGUGGAAAGGGCGGUGCUGAUUCGAAGAUUAAGGCUCUUGAGAAUGCUGGUGUUGUUGUGGAGCGCUCGCCUGCUGGUCUUGGUAAGGCUAUGUAUGACGAGUUUGUUCGCCGUGAUCUCCUCUAA